AUGACGUCCGAAAAAGGAAGCAGAAAGGAUAAAAAUCAAAACAUCCAAGUGUUUGUGAGGCUAAGGCCCCUGAACCAAAGGGAAAGAGAUAUUAAAUCUUUGGGUGUGGUAGAAGUUGUAAAUGGACGGGAAGUAGUUGUGCGUCAAUCUCAGCAGAGCAUGCACACAAAGAGAUUUACAUUUGAUCGUGCUUUUCCUCCUCAUUCUAAACAGGUUGAAGUAUAUCAAGAGGUGGUUAGUCCUUUGAUAGAGGAAGUGUUAGCGGGCUAUAACUGUACAGUAUUUGCAUAUGGACAGACUGGUACUGGCAAAACCCAUACUAUGGUUGGUGAAGCAGCAAACAAUGAAACUACUUGGCAAAGUGACCCCCUUGCUGGUAUCAUCCCUAGAGCUCUGAGCCAACUAUUCGACGAACUCCGCAUAUCUAACACUGAGUACACUGUCCGUGUGUCAUACUUGGAAUUAUAUAAUGAAGAACUGUUUGAUCUGCUCUCUGCCUCUGAAGAUAAUAGCAAAUUAAGGAUUUACGAGGAUGUUACAAGAAAGGGAGCUAAUAUUGUUAAUGGCUUGGAAGAAAUUACAGUUUACAAUAAAAAUGAGGUAUAUAAGAUAAUGGCUCAAGGGCAAGAACGGAAGAGAGUUGCCUCAACACUUAUGAAUGCUCAAUCCAGCCGUUCCCAUACAGUGUUCACUAUUGUAGUGCACAUGAAAGAGAACAGUCCGGAAGGUGAAGAGUUAGUCAAAAUUGGGAAACUAAAUCUAGUUGAUUUAGCUGGUUCUGAGAAUAUAAGUAAGGCAGGUUCAGAUAAUCCGGCUAAAAGGGAGCGGGCCAGAGAGUGUGUGAAUAUAAACCAGAGUUUGUUGACCCUCGGUAGAGUUAUUACUGCUUUGGUGGAGAGACAUCCACAUAUACCUUAUAGAGAAUCCAAAUUAACGAGAAUCUUGCAAGAAUCCCUGGGUGGACGAACCAAAACCUCCAUCAUAGCCACAAUAUCACCAGGACAUAAGGAUCUAGAAGAGACUAUGAGUACAUUGGAAUAUGCUAACCGAGCCAAGAACAUACAGAACAAACCUGAAGUGAACCAGAAAAUGACGAAGAAGGCUAUAUUGAAAGAUUAUGCAGAGGAAAUUGAUAGGCUGAAAAGGGAUUUGCAUGCAGCAAGAGAAAAGAAUGGUGUCUACCUAGCUAAUGAAACAUUCACGGAAAUGACACUAAAACAAGAAGAACAAAGAAAAGAAAUCCAGGAACUGCUCCUUAAGAAGAGGGCGAUGGAAGAGGAGAAGGAGAAGAUGGAGAAUGUGUUCAGGGAACUCCACUGCCAAUUGGAAUUGAAGGAGCAGUACCUGGAGAGAACUGAACAGAAACUUCAGAACACUAAAACUGCACUUGUGAAUACUUCUAAUAUGUUAAAAACAACGAAGCUUCAGUACGAGGAGCAGAAGCACCUGGUGAGUGCGCAGGCGCAGACGGAGAGCGCGCUGUCGGCGCAGGCGCAGGCGCUGCUGCGCGCCGCCGACGCCGCCGCCGCCGACGCCUGCAAGCUUCUGCACACUGUCGACAAACGCAAAUCAGUGGAGUCAACAAACUUGGAAAUAACGCGGACAUAUCGCGAAGUUUCGUCGCAGCACAGAAACCACCUGACGAGCGGCACCGACAACUUUGUCAGUGCUCUGACACAGACAUUGAGUGACUUCCAGACUACGUUAGAAUCGUAUACAAAUGACAGUACGCAGAUGCACGCACAAAAUAAACAAAAACUUGACAGUCUCGUGCAGCAAGCAAUGGAUACUAUGAACAAGGUGACAGCAAUUAAGAACGCGAUGCAACAAGAAAUUGCAGAGACUUCUCAAACUCACUGCACUCAAUUCGUGCAGACGAUACAAGCCAAGAGUGAACAGAUACAGAACAUUCUGGAAAAAUUUGCUAUGUGCCUGGUGACCUGCUUGCAAAAGGCCGGAGAAGCUGACUUCAGCUCUAAUAUAAUGAAUUUUGUUAACAACUGGCGUACAGCCACCACCUCGAACCUCAGUAAGCUCCAUAACAGCCACGCCACCCUGGAGUCCCGCGCGCGCGCCCUCGCGGCCGCCUUGCUGGGCGAGGGCGAGAGGCAGAACAAACGCCGUCGCGACGCCGCCCAUACUUUAGCCCAAGAUGUGCAAAAUAAAAUCGAUGCUAUUCUAGAGGAAAAAGAUCGAACAGAAAAGCAAAUAUCUCAACAAUUAUCAGGCAUACAGAACGAAAAAGAAGAAUUUGAAGCUAGACUGAACAAAUGGGCAGAUGAGGAAAGAAAACUUUUAGAAGAACGUAUCAAAAACCACAUAGCAUCUGAAAAGAACUUUCUAGAAAGCAAAAUGAAGAAGAAACUAGAAGAUUUAGAAAAUCAAAGAAAUACGUUUGAGAACAAGUUAAUAAAAGAUGUAGAAUGGUUGAAAAAUGUGUUGAAAUUGAAUGAAAUAGAGGGGGAGAGUGCAACAAGAGAUUUAGAAACAAUUCAAAAUGAGUUGGAUAUUUGUAUGUGUGACUUGAACAAUUUUGCACAAGAUUAUGAGAAAUCGAGGGUUGUAUUAUCUUCGAAUAUGGAUAGUUUAAGUGAUGGAACAGUGCAAGUAGUGGAGCAAGUAAAAGUGGAUCUAUUGAAUGACCUGGCACAUACACAAACAUAUGUACAGACUGAAUCCAAUGCCCUGCUAGAGGAGAACAAACAGACAAUGAGCCUUCUCGCGGAAGACUCAACUAGGCUGGUCGAGGCUAUAGUGCAGAACUGCCAAAGAACUAUGGACACUGUUGUUGGGGAAGUUCAUGUAACAUCAACAUCGGCAAUCCAAGAGUUGUCAUCGCUAUCUACCAUCACAUCAAAUCUCUCUUCGGAGACUCAAGGUUACUCCAAUAGCCAGAAACACACCCUGAACACCAUGCAAAGACAGACGGAGCAGUUCUACAACGGUAUAAGGGAGGAAGUGUUCAGACUUGAGGAGUUGGAGUCGAGGUGUUUGAAUCAAGAGUACGCUGUGUAUUGUCCAUCUGGCAGCACACCCGUGCGGGCGGAGUACCGCUACCCGCGGCAGUUGGCGGCCACGUCGCCGCACGAGCGCGUGCUGGCGCGCUUCAGGGCCAUGCGACAGAACAGCCAUGACGAUGAUUGCAUUGUAAUCGAGACGGAGGGCGAAGUCCGAAGUGACACGGAGUCGUCGGCGUCGGACGACUCCGCGUUCGCGGCGCCUUCGCCCCCCGCGCCGCCCGCGCCCACCCACGACUGGAAGAACCACAUCGUUAAAUGCACUUCCGAAACUGAUUUGUAUUUAAAACGACGACAGCAAGAGCAACAAGGAAAAGAAAACGUGAACAGAUCCAUGUCUUUCAAGAAGCCCUCCAAACUGCCCGCCCCUGCCUCACAUAAGAAACCGCUCAUAGAAAGAAAUGAUAAC